AUGAUUAGAUUAGGGUCUUUCAAUUCGCCAAACGUUCGCCCCAGAUGGGCAUUCUUCCUUCCGCUUCUUUCCGUGGCAGCGUGGUGGGCAAUGCUUAUAGCAAUGGUUGUGUGCUGGGUGGCACAAGGACGGCCAAAUUACGAGGAUUUACACGUAUACAUGGCCCACUUGAUCAUCUAUCUGUCGAAUGUGGGUGCCACCAACCUGCAGGGGCUGUUCAUCGCUGGAGCAGCCACUAUGGGGGUGUUUUUCGUUUGGACCAUGAUCGAAGAAAUGUACCUUAGGUCUCGCCGCAAACGGUUUUUGCUGCCUAGCUUUCGUCGAACCGCCACUGUUCUUCAUGUCGCUUGUAUCAUUUUCACGUUUUUGUCCUCGCUAUCAAUCUUCCUAGUCUCCUGUCUCAAAGACACCAAAUUCAGCACAGCUCAUUACACCUUUGUUGCUCUAUUUAUUGUGCUCAAUCUCUUCUGGGCCAUCUGCAAUAUCAGUCUUUACUUCAUCUACUGGAAACACUACCCUCACUUCCCAUGGUUCAAAUGGAGUGCAUGUCUGAAACUCGUGUGGCUCAUUCUGGCUAUUGGCCUGGCCAUCGGAUACGUUGUUACUAUGCGGGUAGCAAAUUUCAGAGGCAACCAGUCCAAGCUCUGGGGUGUUUCUGGAGUCUUGGAAUGGACCCUGUGUUUCUGGUUCGGGGUGGUGUUCUUUAUUCUUAGUGUCGAUAUUGGAUUACGAUCCAAAGGUGACGCAGAUUACCCUACAGACUCCAGCUCUGAUUGGGACAAGGAAAACAAUCAAUCUCAUCGGUCCCAUGACAACAAUGUGCGCGAUCCGCCUGAGGGAACCGUACAUUAUUAA